CUCUCUUUCUCUUCUUCUCUGCCUCCCGAGGCUCAAGCGGCUCCUCUUUUCAGGUGUACACACUUUCAAGCUUCCAACUUUGCCAGAAACUCAAAGCCAGAGGCUUAAGAAUAGACCCAAAAAUAACUCCUUUUUGAGACCCCAUUUCAGUAGUUCAAUACCCUUUUGAAGGUAUAAAGUGAUACAUAGGUGCCUACUAUCAUGUCAUGGUCAAGACUUUCUAGUAGAAUCAGUUUCUUGAAUCAACAAUUUUUGUCUCGUGAAUCAAGGUUUCUUCCUGAUGCCUUAUAUCCAAGAUACAAGUUCUUUGAAGCUUCUAUUGGGUGUGGCAACAAUGCUUGGGGUUCGAUGCCAAGAUGUGACUUUAGCACAAGGCCUUUAACGAAGUCUUUUGAUUUCCAUCCUUAUGGUUCUCAAUGUUUUGGGAGAUUGUCUCCCUUUAGCAUUCAGCGGCAUUAUGCUUCACAUGCUUCCCAUGCUUCCAAAGAGAAAAAAUCCAAAAAGACUCUUUUGUAUCUUACAGCAUUGGUUUUUGCAAUGGUGGGAAGUAGUUAUGCUGCUGUCCCUUUGUACCGAAGAUUUUGCCAGGCUACUGGGUAUGGCGGUACUGUCCAACGCCGUGAGAGUGUUGAAGAGAAGAUUGCUCGGCAUGCAAAAGAUGGGACAGUAGCAACAAGGGAGAUAGUUGUCCAAUUCAAUGCUGAUGUGGCAGAUGGAAUGCCCUGGAAAUUUAUUCCGACUCAAAGAGAGGUGAGAGUCAAGCCUGGAGAAAGUGCCCUUGCAUUUUAUACUGCUGAAAAUCGAAGUUCAACGCCCAUAACUGGUGUCUCUACAUAUAACGUCACCCCUAUGAAGGCUGCAGUUUACUUCAAUAAAAUACAGUGCUUUUGCUUUGAGGAGCAGCGUCUUCUUCCUGGAGAGCAGAUUGACAUGCCUGUUUUCUUCUACAUAGAUCCUGAGUUUGAAACAGAUCCCCGAAUGGAUGGUAUCAACAACCUGAUCUUAUCUUAUACAUUUUUCAAGGUUUCUGAAGAAUAAAUGGGGAACUAAUAAAUUCAUAGUGAAAAUAGAACAUGUUCACAUGAGAAUAAAACUGUUAGGUUCAAGGAACCAAACUUUUUUGUGAUACGAUUAGAUAGGAUCUUGUUUUGUGCACAAGGAGAAACCGGACCCCAUUGAUAUACAGGGAGAAAGAGGACAAGAAACAUAAUUUUGUAGCAAUUCUUUUGGUAGUACCUUCUUCUUUCCACCUCUUUGUGGUGGAAGUCUAUUCUUGGUUUGUGCCAGGUUUGGGCCCUCUUUAGAGGUGCUUUUCCUUCCCCUCCCAAAACAAAACUAACUGCUUGUACCUUAGGUCUAUAUUUUUCCUUUCUCUUGUUAUCAGUUUCGAUUUUCUUUCAAUGUUCCCUAUGCUUAUGUAAUUUGAAGAACUAUUUGCUUAUCAUAACUAUUUGUUUAAA